AUGGCAUUCCCUAACCCCAACCCACCCAUUCCUCCCGCCAACGCAGACUUAACAACGACCUGGGCCUUCCUGGAAGAAGGCGUUGACCACAUCAUGACCAAAUUGCAGACCGGCGUUUCGUACUCAAAGUAUAUGUCGCUAUACACGGUCGCAUAUAACUACUGCACGUCGCCAAAAACAGGGCCGGAAGGUAUGGGUCUUGGCGCGGCUACCAGGACGGGGGCAAAUCUCAUGGGUUCGGACUUGUACAAUAACCUUAUCCGAUAUUUCGUGGUGCACCUUAAAGCCCUUCGGGACAAAGCCGAGGGUCUGCAAGAGGACGAUCUGCUCAGGUAUUAUGCCGCUGAAUGGCAGCGAUACACAACAGGAGCGAACUACAUCAACCGCCUGUUCACAUACCUCAAUCGACAUUGGGUCAAACGGGAAAGAGACGAAGGGAGAAAGACAGUGUACCCGGUGUAUACUCUGGCUUUGGUCCAAUGGAAAAACAAUCUUUUCGUUCCGAUACAACAGAAGAAUGCCACACUGGCCAAUGCUUUACUACACCUGGUUGAACAACAACGGAAUGGAGAAACUAUUGACCAGGGUCUUGUAAAGAAGGUCGUCGAUUCAUUUGUAUCCCUUGGACUGGAUGAUAUGGAUCCAAACAAACCAUGUCUCGACGUCUAUAAAGAUCAUUUCGAAGCUCCCUUCCUCGCGGCCACAGAAAUGUAUUACAAGAAGGAAUCGGAGGCAUAUUUGGCAGAGAACAGUGUACCGGACUAUCUCAAGAAGGCCGAAGAGCGUCUACGAGAGGAGGAAGAUCGCGUCGAGCGAUACCUACACACUGAAACACGUAAGACCCUCAUAUCCAAAUGCGAAGAAGUCCUCAUCAAAUCACACUCCGAACUCAUGUGGGAAAGCUUUCAGAGUCUUCUCGAUUUUGAUAGAGACGAAGACCUCCAACGCAUGUACGCGCUUUUAUCCCGCAUAAACGAGGGUCUGGAACCACUACGGAAGAGGUUCGAAGAACACGUCAAGAAGGCCGGCCUUGACGCUGUUUCACGACUUGUAGGAGAGGAUGGUACGACGCCUGAGGCGCUGGACCCGAAAGCAUAUGUCGACGCGCUUUUGGAAGUUCACGCGAAAAACUCGGCGAUCGUGACGCGUAGUUUCAGAGGGGAAGCCGGAUUCGUCGCUAGUCUUGACAAGGCAUGUAGAGACUUCGUCAAUCGGAAUGCUGCGACUGGGACCUCGAGUAAUAAAUCACCAGAAUUGCUGGCGAAACACACGGAUCUGCUACUUCGAAAAAACAAUAAGAUGGCGGAGGAACAGGAUUUGGAAGGGGCAUUGAACCGUGUGAUGAUCCUCUUCAAAUACCUCGAGGAUAAAGAUGUAUUCCAACAAUUCUACUCUACCAAGCUGUCGAAACGUCUGAUUCACAGCGUGUCAGCAUCUGACGAGGCCGAAGCUAGUAUGAUCUCCAAGCUCAAAGAGGCCUGUGGAUUCGAAUACACGAACAAGUUGCAACGGAUGUUUACAGGCAAGUACAUGAGCUUGAGUAAAGAUCUAACAGAUCAGUUCAAAGAGCGCAUGCAACAAAACCAUGACGACUUAGACGUCACAUUCAGCGUCAUGGUCCUCGGUACGAACUUCUGGCCUUUGAAUCCGCCUUCACACGAAUUUACGGUCCCGAGGGAAAUCUACCCGACGUUUGACCGGUUCCAAAAGUACUACCAAACGAAACAUUCGGGGCGGAAGUUGACUUGGCUAUGGAAUUACUCGAAGAACGAACUUCGGACUAACUAUCUCAACCAGAGAUACAUAUUGAUGACCAGCUCGUUCCAGAUGGGUGUCUUGGUACAGUAUAACAACCACGACACACUUUCUCUCUCUGAACUCGUCACUGCGACUUCAAUUCCUAAGGAGCUCAUGACUCAAGUCUUGGCCAUCCUUGUAAAGGCGAAGAUUCUCAUCAACGAAGAGACCGAGCAGUAUGACCUCAACCCUGGCUUCAAGUCGAAAAAAAUCCGGGUGAACCUGAAUCAACCGAUUAAAGCCGAAGUCAGGGCAGAAACAACUGAGGUCCUGAAAAAUGUCGAUGAAGAUCGGAAGUAUGUCAUACAAGCUACAAUCGUUCGGAUCAUGAAGGCCAGGAAGUCGAAUGAAAAAUCAACAGCUUAUACAGGAGGUCAUUUCGCAAAUUUCUCAGCGUUUUGCACCGAAGAUUCCGGACAUCAAGAAGGUUCGGGCGGUCUCCUUUCCAUCUUGGAUCCCUUCUAUACUGACCGAUCAUUCGCAAAGGCUAUUGAUACACUGCUCGAGAAAGAGUACAUCGAGCGGGUAGAUGGGACUCGGGACACUUUUGCCUACGUUGCGUGA